AUGUCGUCUUCAUUGGUGCUAAAAAUUCUUGUUUUAUCACUGGAACAAAAGUUAAAGCAAGAGUGGAAAAACAAAAUGGUUGUUACAGAAUUCAUCCUCCUGGGAUUUGGGAAUGGCCCUGAACUGGGUUCUCUUAUCUUCCUGAUGUUUCUGUCAAUCUACAUGGUGACCAUAACUGGAAACAUCUUCAUCAUUGUGCUGAUGGUGGCUAAUCGGCACCUUCACACCCCAAUGUGCUUCUCCCUGGGCAAUUUGGCCUACCUGGAAAUCUGCUACAGCUCAAAUACCUUGCUAAACAACAUGCUUAGCUAUCUGAGUGGAGACAGAAGUGUUUCAGACAACGGAUGUUUUACACAAUACUGUUUCUUUGGUUGCUUGGCAGCUGCAGAGAGCUGUCUCCUGGCAGUGAUGUCCUCUGAUCGGUACCUAGCAGUGUGCAAACUCCUGCGCUACUCAUCCCAUAUGAACGGCAAGCUCUGUCUCCAGCUGGGCGCUGCAUCUUGGAUAAAUGGCUUUCUCUCUAAUCCUGUGCUAAUGUUCCUGAUCUCAAAUUCAGAUUUCUGUGGGCGUGAAAUUGAACAUUUUUUCUGUGACUCAUUCCCUAUGACCAAACUCUCCUGCGGUGACACUCAUGUGGCAGGACUUGUCACUUCUGUUGUGGCAGGCAUGUGCUCUCUGCCUCCAUUUCUGUUGACCUUCUCAUCCUAUCUCUACAUCAUUAUCACGGUCAUGAGAAUUCCUACUGCUGUUGGAAGGAAAAAGGCCUUUUCCACUUCCUCCUCACAUCUCAUUGUGGUGAUACUUUUUUACUGGUCAAUAUUAACUGUCUACAUACUUCCUCAUCAUGAUACCCAAGUAUCUCUGAACAAAGUCCUAUCUGUGUUUUGCACCAUUCUCACCUUGGUCAAUCCUCUCAUCUACAGUCUGAGAAAUAAAGAAGUAAAGGAAGCUCUGUGAAAACAGAAGUACAUUUCUGGCUUUCAGAGGGUUGCUUUCUGUUAA